AUGGGAAACUCUUGCAUGGCAGCAUCGUCAAUGGAAUGGGAAUCUUUGAAGCAGCCAAAGCCAUGUCCAUCAUCGUCAACUGCUCAUCUUGAUCAUCAUCAGAAUAAGGAGAAUGAUGUAUUAGGAAAGCUUAGAGCUUCUUGUGAUGCAAAUGGGAAAGUCACGUUGAAGAUUUCAAAGUGCGAAUUAGCUGAAUUAUUAGGAGCGAUUCAACAGAAUAAUAAUAAAAAUCAGCAACCGCAGAAGCAGACCAAGAAGAAGAAGGAAUUAGCUUCAGCAGAACUAGUUCUGUUUCGGUUAAUAAAAGCUAGAGAUCAUGAAAUUGCAAAGAAGCAUCAUUGGAGUAGUCACUGGAAACCGGUGUUAGAAACCAUUCAUGAAUGUUAA